AGCGCCUGCCUCUGCUAUCGUCCACUACGCAGCUGAGCAUAGCACAGAGCAGUCAGCCUGUCGUGUCUCUCCCCGAGGCCGGAUGGUAAAAUCCAACCUCCAGCGGAUCCUAAACAGUCAUUGUUUUGCUCGUGAGAAAGAAGGAAAAAAGCAGCCUCUUACUACCAUGGCGGAUCUCAGUAGUGGUAUCUGUGAUAUGAUUGGGAACCUGUCCCUGCACUGUAGUAGUACCCGUGGCCCGGGGCCUCUGUGGUGCUCCGAUGCCCCUCUCCCACCCCUGAAGAUCCCAGGUGGGCGAGGGAAUGGCACACGGGAUCACACUCCUUCAGCUCGGCCGCUCUACUCAGAUCGAAAGUUGACAGUAACAGAGGAACAAGCAGGGAACGGUCGCCCUGGAAUCCUCCACUUCCAAAGCCGUCCCACUGUUACCAAAACUAUACAGUGGGAUGCUGUCCUGAGCAGCAGUGCACUCUACGUGGAGAUACCUCUGGACCCUCUUCCCGAAGGCAGCAAGGAGAGUUUUGCGUCUCUCCUGGAGUAUGCUGAAGAACAUCUGAAGGUCAUCAGUGUGUUCGUCUGCUUUUACAAGAACAGAGAUGAUCGUGCUAAACUCGUACGUACAUUCAGUUUCCUGGGCUUUGAGAUUGUGAAACCGGGCCAUGCCCUUGUCCCACCUCGACCCGACGUUCUCUUCAUGGCCUACAACUUCGACAGGGACUCCUCGGACGAGGAGUAGAUGCCUGGAUGGCCUCUUCAGUCCCCCCCACCCCCACUCCCACAUCUACACAGGCACCGUGUGUUUGAAACCCUCGGCCAUUGCUCUGUAUGCAAGUAUUCACCCCCCCCCUUCCCUCCCCCCACGCUGUUUGUGUUCCAGGGAAGACAGAAGACGUGCGUCCUCUGUUGAAACUGUUUCUCUCUGUGUUUUGAUCUUACUGUUGUCAUUGAAGAUAAAUUGAUGUCGUCACCUACACAGGAGGGAAUCUUUGUUGUUGUUUUUUUUUUUUAAACUUCAUAUUGCAUUUGUUAGUCUGGUUUCAUUUCUUCCUUGUUGUCGAGUCUUUGUUUCGUUUGGGUUUGUUUUAACGAUAGACUAAGGCGGAGGAUUUGUCACUUCUUGAAUGUACAACUAAAGGUCAUCAGGUUUACACUGGGGGGGCUCCAGCUGUCUGUGAUUGGCUCAUCAGCGACUCUAAAUUAUCCCGUAUUUUCUUCUUUCUGAAUUGAAUUUCAAAUCCAUUUCAGGGGGACCACUCUUAUUUUCUAGUACUAAUAUCUUCUAAAAAGGUUUUUUUUUUUUUUUUUUCUUGCGACGUUAUUUUUAAGCCACAGCCCCAGUAAUUGGUACUUGUGUAACUGGGUAGUCCAACCUUUUUAGCAUGGACGGAGUAGAUGAAUGCAGUUGUGUGUCUGCUGUAGACCCUUCAGUUAAACUUCAAACAUCAGACCAUGAGUGAACUGGUACAACGUGAAAGGAAAGUGAAGAAUCCAAAGUGCUUUUUGCUUCUUUUUGCCAUGUAUAUCUGACAGGAGUGUUUUUGUUUCAGAUGUUGAAAAAAAUGCUGUGAUGUCAUUUCUAUUUUCCUUUUCUCUUUGAGAUGGGGUUAGCAUUCCUUUAACUUUUUUCCUCAUGAUAGUAUUGAGUUUGACGUUCACCUGCAUAGUGGUACCUGUUGUGCUUCUGUGAUAAUAAAACAAACAAAAAACA